AUGGGAUUCGGAUUAGAGAGCAUCAAAUCAAUUUCCGGCGGGUGGGGCGCGGCGGCGCGUUCCUGUGACGCCUGUAAAUCGGUAGCCGCCGCCGUGUUCUGCCGAGUUGACUCAGCUUUCUUAUGCAUCACUUGCGACACAAGGAUCCACUCCUUCACGCGCCACGAGCGCGUAUGGGUCUGUGAAGUCUGCGAACAAGCUCCCGCCGCCGUAACCUGCAAAGCCGACGCCGCCGCUCUCUGCGUCACCUGCGACUCCGAUAUCCACUCAGCUAAUCCACUCGCUAGCCGCCAUGAACGCGUCCCCGUCGAGUCUUUCUUCGAAACCGCCGUCCCCAAGUUAUCAGCUUCGACGUUCGGGAUCCUCGGUUCAUCAACCACCGUCGAUUUAACCGCCGUUCCGGUGAUGGGUAACUCCGACGAUCUCGGUUUGUGCCCGUGGCUCCUCCCUAACGAUUUCAACGAACCGGCGAAAAUCGAAAUCGAAACGCAAACCGCCGGAAUGAAAUCGUCUGACUUUAUGUUUUCCGAUUUCGACCGGCUCAUCGAUUUCGAGUACCCAAACUCUUUCAAUCACAACGCCGGAGCAGACAGCCUCGUUCCGGUUCAGACGAAAACAGAGCCUCUUCCAAUAACUAACAACGAUCACUGCUUCGACAUAGACUUCUGCAGAUCAAAGCUCUCUGCUUUCACCUACACAACGCAAUCAGCUUGCCACAGUGUUUCGACUUCGUCGCUCGAUUACGGUGUGGUUCCGGACGGGAACAACUCCGUCUCGGAAAUCUCAAUUCCGUUUAACCGGAGCACGAUCACCGGUUCUACGGUGACAACCGGCGAUCAAACGAGCUCCAUGGAUAGAGAGGCUAGGGUUCUGAGGUACAGAGAGAAGCGGAAGAACAGGAAGUUCGAGAAGACGAUCCGUUACGCUUCGAGAAAAGCCUACGCAGAGUCACGGCCAAGGAUCAAAGGCCGUUUCGCGAAACGAACAGAGACUGAAAACGACGACGUUUUCUUAAGUCACGUGUACGCUUCACCCGCACAGUACGGUGUCGUACCAACGUUCUGA